AUGGCUACAGAUAUGUUGCCGGGCUUCACUCGCCAAUUUAUCGAGACCGCAGAUGGUGUUUCCAUUUUUGUCCGCACCAAGAUUGAUUCGGGAAAACCCCCUCUUCUUCUCCUCCACGGGUUCCCUCAGACACACGUCGAUGUUAUUCUCUUAGAUCUUCGUGGAUAUGGCCAGUCAGCUAUCGUUCCUAGCACCAACGGAUCUGGCUAUUCCAAGCGGCUGAUGGCUAACGAUUGCAUCUCCGUCAUGUCCCAGCUAGGAUACAAUAAAUUUCUCCUCGUCGGACACGAUCGCGGUGCCAGAGUUGCUUACCGUCUUGCCUUCGAUCACCCUGAAGCAGUCUUAAAAGUGGUUGUUAUGGACAUUAUCCCAACUGCAGCUAUGUUCCAAGGUUUUGGAGACGUGACAGCUGGACUGAAAGCUUACCACUGGCUCUUCCUCGCCCAACCUGACCCAUUCCCCGAAAAAAUGAUUCAAGGCGCGGAUAAUGGCAAGCACUACUUGGAACAUACCUUGGCGAGUUGGACGAGGAAGAAGUCACUUGAGGACUUUGAUGAGAGGGCACUCGAGGAAUAUAGAAAGGCGUACUGCAAUGAAAAGAGGAUCCAUAGCACUUGCGAGGAUUACAGAGCUGGAGCGUUCCUGGAUAAGGUCUAUGAUGAGAAGGAUUUACAAGAGGGAAAUAAGAUACGGGCUCCCAUGUUGGCUAUUUGGGGCAACGCCGGAGUAUCUGCCGAGUCUUUGCAAAACAAGUCAGAAGGGCCACUUGAGAUCUGGCAGAAGUAUGCUCGAGACGUGCGUGGCAAGGCGUUGGAGUGCGGGCACUUUAUUCCUGAGGAGGAUCCAAAAGGCUUAGCUGAGGUACUGAUACCAUUUCUCCUCGGGGAGUAG